GUACACAGCGUGUGCCACACUCUUCUCUUCUCGCGAAGAACCAAAACCAACAUUCAACAAGAGGCACAACAGUAGCAAAACCGUGCGGCAGCAGCGCGAGUGCGCAUCAGUGACCGACUCGGUGCUCGUCGACACGGUGGCCUCGCAAAGCAAGAAGACCUGGAAAUUUACAUAUUAUUAUUAAUAAUAAUAAAUAUUAAACAAAUAAGAGUGCUUUUAAGAGAAGAUGAGCAUUGCGUGCGUUAAUGUGCGGCGACGAUGAGAAUUGUAUUGGGGGUCCUUUUGGGGUUGUUGCUGUGCGAUAAAAGCGAUGGUUUCUUCUGGUUUACGCGUCAAACGACGCCGACGAGGGCCAAUCGCAAGGAGAGCAAACUUGAAGAAAAUGCGAUCUAUAACAACGAUUAUCAACAACGCAUUGCAGGAACAGGACGCGUUCUCGUCACGAUGAUGGGUUAUCCGCAACGAUGCGAACGCAAGGGCCAGCAGCACGUAUGUACGCUGGCAUUAUCCUGUUGGAUGGCAGGAGGUGUCAGUCAUACCGGAUGUGGUACCAAUCCAUGGGUGGUCACCUGUUGUGUUAUCACUCAUUUGAAACAGAACAAGGAAUUGUAUUUUCAAGAAUCGAAAAACACGGUGCAAAAACGAAUUGAGGACGAAUGUGGAUUAUCAGCGGAUAGAAUCCUAUCAAAAAGGAUAAUUGGCGGGGAUGAAGCGCGCUUCGCCCAAUUUCCCUGGCAAGCGCAUCUAAAAAUUUUAUCCUAUCAGUGCGGAGGCGUGCUAGUAUCGAGAAAAUACGUCGCUACAGCAGCGCAUUGCAUAAUCAGAGCUAAACUAAAAGACAUCACUGUAUACCUGGGUGAACUGGACACACAAGAUACUGGAAAAGUUAUCGAACUAGCUCCUGCUGAAUUACAUCGAGUAAAACGUAAAAUAAUUCAUCCCGAAUUUGAAUUUCGAACAACGCAACCGGAUAGAUAUGAUUUAGCUCUCCUACAGAUGGUGACACCUGCAGGACAUUCUUUUCAUAUAGCACCUAUUUGUUUACCACCGCCUGGAUUGCAAUUACAAGGCCGGCAGGCGGUGGUUGCUGGUUGGGGUAAAAUACAACCGUCUAAUUCACUUUCUGGUACGAAUGUUUUACGGAGUGCGCAUGUACCUAUUCUGAGCAAAGAAAAGUGUUAUGCAUGGCAUACCAGCAAACAAAUAAAAGUAGAAUUAUUCGAUGAUAUGCUCUGCGCUGGCCAUGAAGACGGCAAACAUGAUGCAUGCUUAGGUGAUUCUGGUGGGCCACUAAUAGUACUAGAAAACGGUAGAUGGACUCUGGCGGGUAUUACAAGCGCAGGAUUCGGUUGUGGGGAAUACCAUCAACCUGGGAUCUACCAUUCGGUUGCUGUGACUUCGUCGUGGAUGCGUCGGAUCAUUAGUAAAGAGUUUGCGUAGACUACCUCAACAAUUUUUGAUAAUUUUUUUGAUUUAAUAUUAAUAUAUUUGACGAACAUUUUCUUGCAUCUUUAAGUAGGUAAAUAUAUUAUGCUGUGAUAACGAAUGUUUUGAAUAUGUUAUUUAUUAUUUAUUCAAAGUAUAAAUAAAUGUGAUUUUAAGUAA